AUGGGCAAAGGUAUGGUUAAGUGCCAACACUGCGGACUCGACCACUGGUCCCUCCGGUGCCCGUAUCGGCACCAAUUGGCUCAACUCAAAGAGAUGGGCGGAUCGGGUGAUGUCAGCCCCACUGGAAAUCAGCACAACAGCUCCGGUAUGGCACCGGUGGGCGAUGGGGCGCCCAAAGUGGCCAAAUACGUGCCGCCAUCGAUGAGAGCGGGCGCUGCCAAGACUGGCGCGUCGGACGAUCGGGGUUGGGAUCGGGACCAGGAAUACACACUACGGGUGACUAAUCUGCCCGAAGAGUCUACCGAUGAAGACCUACGCGAUCUGUUUCGACACUUCGGGCGCAUAAAGCGGGUCUAUUUGGCCAGAGAUAAGGUGACUCUAGCGGCCAAAGGGUUUGCAUUUGUCACCUAUUUGUCUGAAGUGGACGCCGAGCGGGCCAUCGCCGGUGUCCAUAAGCACCGGUAUGGAAAUUUGAUUUUGUAUGUCGAGUGGUCCGAUAAUUAG